AUGUUUUUACCAUCCCUUCGAGCGUCAUCUUCCAAACUCCCUUCCGCGAUCUGGAACAGUCGGAUGAUAUCGUCUACUACUAGAUUAAUGGAUAAAGCACCUCUCAGGGCAUCAGCCGAAACACCUACACCUCAGGAUCUAUUAUCGAAAAUAGGUAGAAACGCGGACACCAAGCUUGAGGCUUUCUCUGAGUCGUGGGAGAAAUUGAAUGAACUGUGGAUGAGGACUGUGAAAUUGUAUGAUGUCGGAUUAUCGGUUAAGGAGAGAAGGUAUCUCCUCUGGGCUUUCUCAAGAUAUUCUCAAGGAUCUGCUCCUUCGACAUUUAUCAGACCUCCCAGACCGCCAAAGAAGUUCAGAGGAUGGGGUCCAAAGAUACAACACGGUGUUAGAGUAAGGGAUUAA